GUACAGUAGUAACCUGUCGUUCAGAUCAACAAGCCACUAUUUUGGAAGCAGUUUGAUAAACACUCACUGUUCCUCAGUUGAUGUCAGUCGUUUCCAGCGACACAUAUCACGCGAGAUCAACGAUUAACCAACACAAAACUAGCCAGCCACAUAACGUUAGCCCUGAACCGAUAGGGUUGGAUGACAUCGUCGGUUGAACUUUAAAAGACAUCUUGCUCGUUUUUCACACCAGGCAAGUCUAUGACAACUGAACACCCAACGAUCUUGUUUGUUUUUUGGAUUGGCUGAAUAUUUUCAAUAUACAACCUAGCUAGCAAGAACUUUUUUUUUUUUAUCGUUUAUUUGGCAACUUUUCACUAGCGCUAACGUUAGCAAACACUUUUUUUGCUAUACAGAUCGACCUAUUUUUUCGCCAAGCAGCUCUUCGUUUUGUUUUGUCAACAAGCUGCUUUUUUCUCUCGAAGAGCUGACGUUAACUUACCUUAAAAAACGACGAUAUUUAGCAAACGGUUUGCUUAAUAAAGAGGGCAAAGCAACCAUAGCAGUUGAAGAAGUGUUAGCGUCAGCUUUUACCAGCCAGCUAACCAAACCCUUAACGUUACCUGAACCAUUUUACCAAUCAUUUAGAAACGCCUUUAACCGGUUGGUGCUGUAUUCAGGACAUUUCACUUUUAAAUUGCCCGUUUGAUACACUGUAAGAGUAACUAUUUAACGUCAGCUAGCUAGCUCUCGCUUUUUUUUAAAUAACUGACAGAACAGCAAACCACCUGAGUGUUAGAAGUAGACCAGUGGUUGGACCUGAGGCGAGUUGUGUACAGCCAAGGAAUCCCUCAUCGGAUUGUUAUAUUAUUAUCAGUGUUAUUGUUGAAAAUGGCGGCGGUCGGAAUGGUGCAGAUGUUGAUCGAAGCAGCCGAGUACCUUGAGCGCAGGGAACGAGAAGCUGAACACGGCUAUGCCUCCAUGCCACCCUUCAUCAGCAGCCAAGAGAGGGAAAGCUUGAAAAGGAAAAGCAAAAGCAAGAAAAACACAAGUAGCAGGUCUACGCACAAUGAAAUGGAAAAGAACAGACGGGCACAUCUACGGCUCUGUUUAGAGCGCUUAAAAUCUCUCGUUCCCUUAGGACCAGAUGCUAACAGGCACACCACUCUAAGCCUGCUGAUGAAAGCCAAAGAUCAUAUCAAGAGGUUGGAGGAGAGCGAUAGGAGAGCUCAGCACACCAUGGAUCAGCUACAGCGGGAGCGGAGACAUCUGAGGCGGCGUCUGGAGCAGCUAGGGGUGGAGAGGACCCGCAUGGACAGUACUGGCUCCACUGUGUCUUUGGACAAGUCUGACUCUGACCAAGAAGACCUGGAUGUGGACGUGGAGGGGACGGACUACAUGCUGGGUGACCUGGAGUGGAGCACCAGCAGUGUUAGCGACUCGGGCGACGAGCGGGGUAGCCUGCGCAGCAGCUGCAGCGACGAGGGCUACUCCAGCGCCAGCCUGCUGCUGCUGCAGGACACUCAGGAGAGGGCCAAGCAGCUGGGCUGCAGCCUAUAGACAGCACUGGACAGCACAACUUCCCCCCCCCUCAGCCACUCCCGUCCCAAUAUUGUCUCACCACUCCCUAAUCCCACUCUGACCUCCCCCCUCCGUCCCUCCCUGCCGGGACUGACCAAGUCUGAGGCCUCUCCUCCAGGCAGGCCUCUGCAGGCUUCCCGUUCCCACGACGACUUCCCCUAUCCAGACUGCAACACCUUCGAGACACCCGCCCACAUCCAGCCCGUCAUCAGCGGUCAGUCUUUUAGGGGGUCGCCCGCUCCGCACCAAUCAAACGAGUGGGAUUUUAAAGACACUCCAUCUCUCCGUCCAUCCAUCAGAAACACAACUUUCAGCCAGAGAAUGUUACCACACAAUAUCCCACUGCCUCUUUUUCUAUGCCUCAAGAGCCAUGGGAAGCACUUGAGAUUUCAUCCUUACUUCACACACACACACACACACACACACACACACACACACACAC